AUGAAGGAUAUAGACGUUGUUAAUGGGGCGGGUAAAUUAGAAAAGGCACGAAUAAUGAAUAUAUUGAUGCACUUGCGAAAAUGCUGCAAUCACCCGUAUUUAUUUGAUGGCGCUGAACCUGGUCCACCGUACACAACCGAUCAGCACCUUGUUGAUAAUUCUGGCAAAAUGGUUCUUCUUGAUAAGCUACUCGCAAAGCUUAAAACACAAGGAUCUCGUGUUCUGAUAUUUUCGUCAAUGUCGCGGAUGUUGGACUUGCUGGAAGAUUACUGCUGGUGGCGCAAUUAUCGUUACUGUCGACUGGAUGGGCAAACGGUUCACGAGGAGCGUCAAAGAUCAAUCGACGAAUUUAAUAAGCCGAACUCCGACAAAUUUAUUUUUAUGCUCACCACACGCGCUGGUGGCCUGGGCAUCAAUCUUACUGCUGCUGAUGUUGUUAUUAUCUAUGACAGCGACUGGAACCCGCAAGUCGAUUUGCAGGCGAUGGAUCGGGCUCACCGCAUUGGCCAGAAGAAGCAAGUUCGUGUUUUCCGAUUUAUAACCGACAACACUGUGGAUGAAAGGAUAAUCGAACGUGCGGAAAUGAAACUUCAUCUUGAUUCUAUCGUUAUACAGCAGGUACUGAUCGGAGAGACUGAACACAGAGCGAGUUUCAUCCGAAUCGAUAUUUUUCCCUACCGUUAUUGUGAAUCAUUCCAAAGCAAUUUUAUUAUUUGUGUGCUGAUGUUCGCGGUUCUGUUGUAUUUCAGGGGCGAUUGA